CCAAGAUGGAGAGCUUUUUGAAGUGUUUUUGUAAACUGCAAAACCAUGUAGGCAUAUUUUCCAUAUCAAAAAGGUAUAUGCUAAAACAAUCUAUUAAUCAUAUUAUGAACAAAAAAGUAAUGGACAGAUACAUAAGACUACCAAUGCCCUGCAAUAAGGUUUUGGCAACAUACUGCUGGAUCGACGGAUCAGGCAUCAACAUGAGAUGUAAGGAUAGAAUUCUGAACUGUACUCCUCACAGCGCCGACGUAGCACCCGGUUGGGGUUUUGAUGGGAGUUCCUGUGGUCAAGCCACCACUGAUAACUCCGACGUGAGCUUGAAGCCUUGUGCGGUAUAUAGAGACCCUUUCAGACUAGAGCCCCAUGUGAUUGUGCUCAACGAAGUGUAUAUGGCAGACGGUUCACCAGCCGCUACUAAUCAUAGGAAAUUCUGCAAUGAUCUUUGUGAAGCGCAUAGAUCUGAAGAGCCAUGGUUUGGUCUAGAGCAGGAGUAUACUAUGUUGGAUGUUGACGGCUGGGGUUUGGGCUGGCCUAAAGGAGGUGGUUUCCCAGCUGUUAAUUAUGAGUUUUCUUACUGUGGAGUAGGCGCUAAAUAUAUAGCUGGAAGAGAUGUAAGUGAAGCUCAUUCAAAGUGCUGCUUGUAUGCAGGGUGUGAUUUUGAGGGUACAAAUGCUGAGGUUAUGUUCGCUUGCUGGGAGUGGCAAAUAGGUACAACCAUAGGUAUAAAAGCUCCAGAUGACUUGUGGAUGUCACGAUUUCUUAUGUCUCGAGUAGCUGAAGACUACGGUGUUGUUAUAACUUACCACCCAAAGCCCAUGGGCCCGAAACAUCCAGGUGUUGGUAUGCAUCACAAUUUUAGUACAAAAAGAAUGCGUUCAGAUGGCGGUUACAAGUUCAUCGAGGAAUGUAUUAAAAAAUUAGAACAGAAUCAUAUGAAGCAUAUGAAACGAUACGGAGCUGAUGAGCAAACAAAUCGCAUGCGGUUGUCUGGAAAGUUCGAGACGGCACCUUUUGAAAAGUUUUCUUGGGGCAUAGCGAACAGAAAAGCCUCUAUUCGAUUACAAAGAAACAUAAAAGAGAAAGGUAAAGGUUUCAUGGAGGACCGAAGACCGGCUGGGGACUGCGAUCCCUACCUUGUUUGUGGGUUGUUGAUGGAUACUUGCCUAGGAUCAGGAGGAAGUGGUGGCAAAGGCAAGAAAAUAUGUUAGUGAUAAUAACUUUCAGCACUUAUUAGCGUAUGUAUGCCAAAAUGCUGUACAUUGGUGAUGUUUUAUUUGUAACCGAAUUUUCUAGGAUUUCAAACUUUUGUAAAGUUUUAGUUUAUUUGCUUUGUGAUUUUUUUUAAAUAAAUAUUGUUAAAAUGUU